AACAGGAUGUUCUGCAGAAUGGAUGGAUUCUUCUGUAAACCAAAGCGCUGUACCUUCAGUGUUUUGGUUUUACAGAACAUUGUGAUGCUCCUUUUGUUGACUGAAUCCUAUGGAGGAGAGUCUCAGGGGGUUGGACCAUCUCAAACAAUAACAGCAUUAGUUGGUGAAGACGUUAUCCUGCCAUGCCAACUUGAACCUGCAGUAGAUGCUGUUUCCAAGACUGUGGAGUGGGGAAGACCUGAUCUAAAACCAAGAUUUGUCCAUGUGAGGCAUGAAGGUCUAAACCUUUUGGACAACCAGAAUCCAUCCUUCAAAGGAAGAACAUCAGUGUCUGUGGACAAACUGAGACAUGGAGACCUUUCCCUGAAACUGUCCGCAGUGAGACUCUCUGAUAAUGGAGUCUAUAGAUGCUACUUUCCCUCCCAGGAAAAACAGUCUACUGUUGAGCUUGUUGUUGGGUCUUUCUCCCCUCCUGCCAUCACUGGUCUUGACAGAAGCACCAGCGGAGUCGUGUUACAGUGUGAGUCUGAAGGCUGGUAUCCAGAGCCUGAGGUGUUGUGGCUGGACGGUGAGGGAAACCUCCUCUCUGCUGGAUCUACAGAGAGCGUCAGAGGUCCUGAUGGUUUCUAUACUGUCAGCAGUAGAGUGACUGUGGAGAGGAGACACAACAACAUGUUCACCUGUAGAGUCACACAGAACAACAUCAACCAGACCAGAGAGACACACAUACAUGUUCCAGCUGAUAUGUUUCUGACCUCUUCUUCUGCUGCUGCUCGGGUUGGUAUCGUCGUGUUCAUUUUACUCAGUUUGGUUGUAGCAGCUGCUGUUGUUUAUUGGAGAUGGAGUCCAAACCAAAGAAAAGAUGAAGCAAAGAGACGUCAGUCUGAAAAUGAAAGGGCAGAGAGAGAGCAGCUCUCAGGAAGAAAGGAAACACUUGAAGAAGAGUUGAAGAGGAAAGAGGAAGAACAGACAGAUCUGGAACUGAUGAUUCAUAAACUGACAGAGCAAAACAAAAAACUGCACAACCAGAUUGAUAAAGUCAGAGAUGUAGAGGAGAACUCAACCAACAUCAGUGAAGAUAUUGACGAGAAGGUGAAGUCAGCAGAGAAGAAAGCAGAAAGUGACAAAGAUCAGGGAUACCUUGAGAUGAAGACAGUCGCUGUAUCAGCCAAAAACCAUCUGAAACAUAGAAAACAAGUAGAUCAGAAACUUAACAAUGAAGCAGAGAGCAUGCAGAUCUUAACAGAUGGUUUGUUACAAACAAUGUCCGACAGGAAGAAGUCAUUAGAGGAGCAGAAAAAGAAAGUCAAAGAUGAGCUGGAGGACAUUCAGAGGAAACUUUCUUAGACUUGACCUUUAGAGAUCAUCGACUGACAACAACUGAACAACAUUUUCAGUUUGUUCAGCUUUGAUUAAUAUUCUGUUUGUAUCAGUCACACAGUGAAACAUGUUCACAUCACUUUUUAACUUCUCUUAACUCUACAUUAUUAUUGUACAUUUUUUAAUUAUCUACCUUACUUAAUGUUGAAAAACGACUUUAACUUUGAAUGUUUUAUGAAACAUUUUUCUUAUGUAUAGUGAAGAAGCGUUUUUUUGUAUUUUGUGCAAAUUAAUUUGUUGUUUUUAAGAUUAAUUUGUUGUUUUUUAAGAUUCAUUUG